AGAUGGCCUCCAGAGGAGGGGCAGGGCCAGCGAGACACUGCGCAAAUCCCGGGAUGAAGAUGGUCAGUGUCCUGCUGGUUACACUCUGGCUGUCCAUGGUCACCCUCGGCAGAGGCUCGGAACGCUGCGAUGACUGGGGUGUGGAUACCAUGAAGCAGAUCCAGAUUUAUGAUGGGGAACCUGCCAAGAUCAAAUGCCCACUUUUUGAGACCUUCUUGAAGUACAACUAUAGCACAGCCCAUUCUGCUGGCUUAACCCUGAUCUGGUACAGGAUCGCGCAGGACCGGGAUCUGGAGGAACCCAUUAAUUACCGUCUCCCGGACAAUCACAUCAGUAAGGAUAAAGACACCCUUUGGUUCUGGCCUGCUCUCCUCAAUGACACUGGGAAUUAUACCUGCAUGCUCAGAAAUACAACCUACUGCAGCAAAGUUGCGUUUCCCUUGGAGGUUGUUCCGAAAGACCAGGACUCUUGUGUGAGCCGUUCGAUAAAACCCACUGAGGAGAUGUUCUACUUGGAGCACGCCAAUCAGAAGAUCAUAUGUCCAGAUAUUGAUGGGUUUUACCCUGCCAGUGUAACACCAACUGUCAAGUGGUACUUGAACUGCAACUCAGUGGAUGGCUUCUCUGAGCGAUAUCCCCAAGGGCCCAGGCUUGUCAUCGUCCUUGUCCGCAGUGCAUAUAAAGGGAAUUACACUUGUAUUGUGACAUUCAAGGACCAUGGAAGAACAUAUAAUCUCACCAGAACCAUAUCGAUGAAGGUGGUGGGAUCUCCAAACAAGGCCUUGCCACCGCAGUUCAUCUCUCCAAAUGAGAAAGUUGUGUACGAACUGGAAGCAGGAGAUGACCUUAUCCUGCCCUGUGAGGUUUUCUUCACCUUCCUGAAGGACUCCCGGACUGAGGUGUGGUGGACCAUAGAUGGAAAAAACACAGAUGAUAUCACAGACCCCAAGAUAAAAAUCACACAAAGUGAAAUUACUAGAGAUUUUGAAGACAAAACUGUCAUAAGGACUCUAACAGUUGCAAAGGCCACACCAGAGGAGUUAAAACGGAAUUAUACUUGCUAUGCCAGGAAUGCCAAAGGCGAGGACCAGAGCCAGGCCAUAGUGCACAUGAAAGUUGUAGCACCGAAGUACACCGUGGAGCUGGCCUGUGGACUGGGGGCAACCAUCCUGCUCGUCGUGGUGCUGAUUGUCAUCUAUCACGUGUAUUGGCUUGAAAUGGUCCUCUUCUAUCGGGCUCAUUUUGGAACAGAUGAAACCAUUCUAGACGGGAAGGAGUAUGACGUGUACGUGUCCUACGCGCGCAACGCGGAGGAGGAAGAAUUUGUGCUGCUGACACUGCGGGGAGUCUUGGAGAAUGAGUUUGGGUACAAGCUGUGUAUCUUCGACAGAGACAGCCUCCCUGGGGGAAUUGUCACAGACGAAACCCUGAGCUUCAUCCAGAAAAGCCGACGCCUGCUUGUUGUCCUGAGUCCCAACUACGUCUUGCAGGGGACACAGGCCCUGCUGGAGCUCAAAGCUGGUCUAGAGAAUAUGGCCUCCAAGGGCAACAUCAAAGUCAUUCUAGUGCAGUACAAAGCCAUCAAGAAGAGCAAAGUGAAGGAGCUGAAGCGGGCGCAGGCAGCCUUGACUGUCAUUAAAUGGAAAGGCGAGAAAUCCAAGUACCCAAAGGGCAGGUUCUGGAAGCAGCUGCAGGUGGAAAUUCCAGUGAAAAAAAUUAGAAGGAGUUUGAGCCUUGAUGGGUUGAUGCAUAUCCCUGAAAAAUGUUUGACACCAUCAGAAAACAAACCAAACCAAACCCACGAGUUAUACCAGGGAGUGGGAAGGAGCUCAGGGUUUUUUCCAUGAAGGACCGUGUCCCAACCUUUUUGGAAGAUUGUCAUGUUUUCCAUGCAGUUUUGUAUUGCUCUGGCAAUAGAGGGACCAAAGAUGUAAACAUGUCCUCUCUGCAAAUGUAUAUUCUUGUUAUCAACCACACAAACCCUGGGCUUAAGGUCUAAAUUUGAGCUAUACAGGUGUGAUGCAUCCAGCACCUUGUGAUGGUGUGGUAUUUGUAUAGGCCAGUACUCUGAGAUCCAGUUCCUAUGGGACCUUCAUUAGCAUCCAGGACAGAGCUCCUUUCCUCUCCUAAGUGACUUCACUCCUUUAUGUUCCUUGGUCCCUGUUACAGGGGCCAAGGAAUAGUUUGAAAGGUGGCUCCAGCUCUAUAGUAUGAAUCACUGUGGGAUCACAGACUUCUGCUUUAGUGGGGGGAGCAUAGACUCUUGAGGCUCCUCAUCAUUGCUCCCCACAUUUCUGUUGAAGGUGCAUACAGAUAGUUUGGCAAUGGGGAAUGGCUUUUACAAAACAUUAACCCCCCCUCCCACAACACUCUGCUAGGUGAUAUUUGUAUUGUAGCACUUCUAGUAACGAGUGGUCAGUUUCUGGGACUCUGUGGUCUCAUGAGUACACCAGAUCAUUCAGAGCUGUAAUGCUUGUAAUCCAGGGGAAAUCUCUCAUUAGUACAGGCCAUGGAGCAUAUCUGAGAGAUGUUUCUUGUAGAGUAAACUCAGGGACUUCACAAGCACUACAAGGAACUCCAACGUACUACUGAACCUGCCUACUGCCUCUGCCAAUGGCUGGGGGACAGCAUCAUGCAAGGUACUGCCAAGGCCUCUGGGAUGACACUGGAUAUAUAUCCAACUCACCAGGAGGCCCUACAAACUUAUUUGAACUUACUAAAAGCUACUAGCUCUGUCCAGCUGGGUAAGACUAUGAGGACAGGCUUAGAGAGCUGGGAUUGUUCAGCCUGGAGAAGAGAAGGCUUCAGGGAGACCUUAUUGUGGCCUUUCAAUACUCAAAGGGGGCUUAUAAGAAAAAUAGGGACAGACUUUUUAGUAGGGCCUGGUGCAACAGGACAAGGGGUAACAGUUUUAAACUAAAAGGGGUUAGAUUCAGACCGUAUUUAAGGAGGACAUUUUUUACAACGAGGGUGGUAAAAUGCUGGCACAGGUUGACCAGAGAGGUGCUGGAUGCCCCGUUCCUGGAAAGAGUCACAGUCAGGUUGGACAGGGCUAUGAGCAACCUGAUCGAGUUGAAGAUGUCUCUGCUUAUUGCAGAGGGAUUGGACUAGAUGGCCUUUACACGUCCUUUCCAACCCAAACUAUUCUAUGAUUCUGUGAAGAAUCUGUCUUCUGUGCCUGUUUGUGAACCAUCACCAUUCCUAAUUCAGGACUCGGGUUUAAACUUGCUUUACAGAGCAAGUCUCCCCCUAUCUUGUUUCUAGCCCAGAGCUGCAGAACAGAGUCUGUACCUCAGGUUCUGUAACCUUUGCACAAAAUGGAAACACAAAAAACCACUGUGUACCAGUCCUUGCUUCAGUGGGAGGCAGUAGGAGAGGACCUGGUGAGCUAACCCCCAGCACACAGACUUUUAAGACAGAAGAGGGGUGUGUCCCUUUCCUUGUAGGACAGACAAAAGCACAGUGGGACCCUGGCAUUGACUGGUGCUAUGGCUCACAAUGUUUUCAAAUAAAACUGCAAACUGGGGGUGUCUCCAUACUCCUGUAGCUCCCAGUGCAAGGACCUGCCCACUUUCAGUAUUAUGCACACCAAGUGCAUGCUUAUUUUUUAUUGAUAAUGGUUGAUGCUGAGUUACCUUGGACUCAUGUAUUCACUCUGGUGUUCAGGGGGUGAAGCAUAUGCAUUCAUAAUGGCAUUAAAAACCACUACAAUUUCGUGUCUAUGCACUACUCACCCAGCUGAGAAGGUUUACGGGCAUCCCAAUAAGAAGCCCAGCCUUAAAGAUGUGGGACUGAAUCCUGGCAUCAGGGAAACCCCUUGCCCUUAGCAUUUUAUGAUUAAUAAUGUUAUUCCAGGGCUGUGGGGAGCUCUGCCCUUGGUCAGGUACUGUAUGCUAUGGUUUAGGAAUGGUAUUUCCCAAUUUAAUGCUCCCCCUGAAACCAUGUGCCACUUACUCCUCUCCCCUUCCCCUCCUCCUCUCCCUGCAGCAGGCUGGAGAGAAUUGGAGGCACAAAAGGUAAAGAUCACAGGCUGAAAUAAGAGCAAUUUAUUGGAAACAGCACGGAGAUAAGAAAACAAACAGUAGCAGCAACAAUACUAAUGACAGAGGGUACAAGAAAUGAAUGAUUCACAUGGAACCCCCCCUGACAAUAGACAAUACCUGACCAUUCCCUCCCACCAACCCAGAAGGGACCCCUUCUUCAUGAAAGAGAUUCCCUUCCCCUGGCAGUGAUGUGAGGUGAUAUCGAAUAACCUCCAGAUCCUGGCCAUGCCCCUUCCUGGCUACUGCAGAAAUUAACCCUGUCCUGGCUGGAACCAGGAUGCUACAAAUGUGAAACAAAUAGAGCUGCUUUUUUACCUUCCUCUUCAUCCUCCCCAUCCCGAGUAAGCUUUGCUUUAAGCAAAUAAAAUUGCAGUCAGCUUCACUGGAGGCAGUGGAACUUCUCAUCUGCUCAUAGGUGCUUAAAAGCUUUAUUAUGAGCUUUUCUACUGUAGUUGUCUGAGGAGGGACAUUUAUAAGAGAUAGUACCCAAAACCAUGCUCAGCUUUGUGAACCCAUUGCAACUGUGUCAUUUUGCCCAGCUUCACCUUUUUGUUUGUGUUUUAAGCAUCUCUGUAACCAGCUGCCAGAUCUGCAGGCAGAGGGAAGGCCCUGAGGCCAAAGCAGAGCUGUGUUAGAUUCCUAGAUGAUUUUUAAAAAGUUGACUCCAAAAUAUGCAUAAAUUGAAUUGACAUCCCAGACCUCACAACACCACAUCUCACUUUGGCUGAGUUACCAAGAGAACUUCUGCUGAUGUUUCAGUAAGUCUGAUUGUUUUAGAAAUUUAAAUUCACCUCAUAUAUAUUUUGCUGAUUUUAUUCAAAGAGUUUUCCAAAUAAUUAAUAGACCUGAACUUUCUCUGGCACUAUUGCACUGGCCUUUGGAUACAUCUCCAGCACCACUGCAGUGGCCUUUGGUGCCAUUGCAACCUGAGAACAGGAUUACUGAGUGACAUCAGCAGAGCACCCACAAGGUGAAAGGUGUGACGGUCUGGAAGGGACCUGAGAGGUCCAGAGGGAGCAGUGUGGAAGGAAUAGUGCUGGAGCAGGUUCCACUCCCCCAGAGCUUUACCACUGGCUUUGCUGGGAUCUGUCAGGCCGGGGGUAAAGCUCAGUCUCAGUUAUAAUGCAGAUCUGCAAGCACCUCAGAUCCACCUGCCAUUUCAUUCUAAGCCCCUUGUGGUUUCCAUUGUGAGAUUCUGUCACAGCACAUCUGACUCAGUUGAUUCAUUUGAGUUUCUGUGCUCUAACCUAAUAUUUAUGCAAUAUGCGCCUCAUGCAAAGUUCCUCAUUGUUAUUUCAUGGGGAAACAGUGUGGCACAAAUUGGAAAAAAUAUCUUCCCUCCCUGUGCUGUUUGAUGUUGUACAGCUGUUCCAGAGUUGUUUUCCCUUCUCUUUUCUGCAUGUUUUUGCCUUUGUGUGAUUUGGUCUGUGAAGUGUCAGUAUUAUUUUAUUUUGCUUUUCAAUAAAACAUUUUCACUUUUGCAUUUCAGUCCUUGUGCAUUUCUCGUAAGUACCAUCUUCCUCCCCAUUAUGUCUACGAAAUGCCGUUUAAGAAAGAUAAUUGUGUAUAGUCCAAGCAUCAAGAUCACUUGGGACACCUCCUUGGAGGUGGACAUUCUCCUGGCUGUUUCAUGUUGUGCCUGCAGAGGCACCUGAGCUACCAGGGCCAUGCAAGCAAAAACAGAAUGACACACAGCACUGAGGUGUCUCACAGCAGUGGACACACACACAGAAAAUCCCUGAUCUGAAGAGUGCCUGGCAAUCACAAGACAGAAAGAUGGAAAGGAAACAUCAUCUCUUUGCUUUAGAGAUCAAGUCAGAAUGUUGAACAGAAAUCUUGGAAAUCUGCCCAAACCACAAAAAUGAAACUCACUCUUAGGCUACUUUGCCCAUCGCCUUCCAGGCAGUUUGGUCGAAAAGUUUCAGUCAGCUUCAUAUUUUCUCAUCCAAGCCACUUUCUUGUCUGUUUCCCUUGUUUGCCUGUUAACAGGUAAGUUGAGAGAGAGCCUAGCACUUCCAGACCACUAGCAAAAUGAAUACUUGUGACAAUCUAUGGAUUUGGGGUCUAUGGGUAUGGGACCUAGGACCUAUGGGACCUAGUUAUAAUCCUGUGUUAUAAUCCUCUGGGGUGCAUUAGGGAAGACACAAGUAAACCAACGAAAAUAUUCUGUAACCAUUUAGUAAAGGUGGAAGUUUUUUUAGUGUAAAGCAGAUAACUAAGUGUAUCAAAUCCCCAAACUCCUGCAGUGUUAUUGCUGCCUGUCCUAUCCCGUGCUGUUGGUGUCACUAUGACCUGCACACUGUGAAGUGGCCACUCAGGAUUUUUCAUGAGCUAGGUAAACAUUGUAAACUGAACAUCCCAGGGUAUCCUGGUCAGACAAGUCUAAAUGCAUCCUAUUCUCAGAAAUAAAAUCUAUCUUUGGGAAUUUGAGCGUCUUCCCUGACAAAAAGUGUCGAGUCUCAAAAAGUGUUGCAAAUUCAAAAUUGAUAAAAGAAAACCAGCACUGUCACCUCAAUCAAAACAUCUCAAUUCAACAGCAUCAGAGUCAUUCAUGUUAAUUGAGCCUGGACUUUUUGAGCAGGCGGGUAGAAUAGGUGACCUCCCAGGGACUGCUCCUGCCUAAAUUUCACCAUGGUUCUGUGAUUCCAGUUUCAAAAAGAAAGACCUUUCAAACCAGCAAAAGAUCUUUUUCUUUUACAAAAUUUGAAGCCUGGCUGUUUUCAAAAUAGAUCUCAAUCAGUUGCAGAAAGGUUUGAAUGAGGUCUGGACUCAGUAAACUGGACAUUGCUGCCAAUUCUUUGUGCCUUUGAAAUAGGGUGUUAAGAACAUGUCACAGCAUUAAGUGGCAAUUCUGACAGAACUGACUUUAUCAUCUACUUUUGGUUUCAAUGAAUCAGUGUUUUCCUGGGUGUGUUGGGGGGGAAAGUCCCCCCAAACCUUGUAUACCAGAAAAAAACCCCUCAAAAUAAUUUUAUUUUAAUUCCAGUAUUAUGUUAAAGAACCAAAUAGUGCUUUACUUGCUCCAUUAGGAUAUUACUGUGUCAUCAUUUUUCCUGUCCCAUGUUCUUGGUCUCCAAAUAAUCUAGUGCUAAUGAGUUUUACAGCUACCCAUACAUAUUUGAAAAGUAUUUCUCUGUACAAUAUUAAAAUAAGGUUCAUCCAGAGGCAACGUGGUGGACUUUCUGCUGUGAGAUUAGAGACAGCCAAGUGCUGGAAGAAUAAGAGGCAUUGCCAUUACAGGGAAGGAACUGUAUCUUUAUUUAUAUAAAAGACCAGUGUUCUACUGGCAGGGAGAGAGGGAAGUUUCCAGACUGAGGAAUGAAGGUUUCAGCAGCGUGACAGGGAAGGGAAGCAGCAAGUACCUCUUCUUCCCAGAACAGAUCUUUGCAAGCCAUUCUUAGAGAGACAGAUUUUUCUCUCUGAAUGUGCGAGAGCUCUUACUCAAAUGAUCCCUGUCUUGCCUGAACACCAACUUGUCCUUGGGUCCCCCCUCAUCUCAGGCACCAGCACUCAGCCAGUGUGUGGUUUUUUUAGAGUUUUUACAGUUCUCUUAAUCAGCUUGGGUUAAUUUGCUGAGUGCCUGAGCCCUAUAAUUCCCAUUGUUUCCACUGCUCACCCAUUAGCCAUGACACCUUCAAUACGCUUACUGCAUCCCAAGCCACAGGUAGAAGUCCAAGGACAUCCUUCAGGCUUGCUGCUUUUCAACAUUCAUAAUAAAAGAGAUGCUGCCCUUGCCUGGCACCAUUCCAGCUAAGCAUCUUGCUGAGCUUUACAACUUGCAAUGAAUCGCAAGAAACGUUUUGAAGGAUGGUAUUUACAACCCACAUGAUGGCUAGGGGAACUGAUGGAAAGGUUUAAGGCUGACAUUUUUGCUUUCUAAAUUUGGAGGUUUCCAUUUCUAGGUGAGAGAGCAUGACAGGGAAGGAGGUGGGUCUUGGCCUUGGUAGUGUGAGCUGUGGCAAGGUGACGUGAUUGCUUCGCUUUGUUCCCCUGAUGCAAAGGGCUACUCAAGCUGGGGGCAGGUGGUUCCCAAACAGGACCUGCCCUUUAUCAAAUGCCUGCACUUCCCUGGGAAGGAGUGAUGCUGUGCAGAAGUCAGAAUACAGCAGUGGCAUAUCCUGGCUUCUCGUUUACCACUUCUCAAAAACACCCUGCACAGCAAAAAUGCUGCCAGCAGGAGUGUGGGCAAGUCGAAAGUCACAGGGCUUGUGCCAGGUUUCCUUCUGUGGGAAGGGGGUUCUGUGCAGGUAUGCCACCAAACAGCUUCAUUCAGUUUUUAUCUCCCCGCUCCCUUCUCCCUGUGCACCCCAAUUCCUCUGUCCUUGUAC